AUGCCUUGUGUGACCCGAUCUAUGGCCCGCAGGCCUUCAAAGAAGAACGUAUUCCCACCAGAAAUCCAGCUCUACAUCCUAGAAUGGCUCAUGACACCGCACAACACGUCAAAGGACAGACUGGCCCGUCCCUCGAACUUCGCUUGUGUCUGCAAAUCUUGGCAACGAAUUGUAGAAAAGUCAACAUUUCGCCGCAUCUCCCUGCGCCCAGCCUGCAUUUCAAGAUUUGAACGCCUCGUUGGCCCUGCUUCAAGCCGUAGAGGCUACGUCAAGCACGUUCUAUUGGAGAUACCAGUUGGGGAAUAUGAUCAUGAGCCUUGUUCCCACUUCAAUAACUACAUCUUCACGCUAGGAGUUUCACAUCUCUGGAAAUUCCUUGCUACCUGGCAAAACUACAGCCUCACAGUCGAACUCGGCAUCUUUUCGUCGUUUGAAACAAGAAUGCAUAACUUGGAUCUGCCGGAUCGUCAGUUGCCUGAAUGUAUUCUAGGAAAUCCGCGUAUAGAUCACGCGAGUCGCUUUGAAGACCCUCCCUGGGAUCCGGGCUUCAUGGAUUUGUGGAAAUGGCAGAAGCGGAGCUAUCUAGGCUCACGGGCCCUCCAGUUCCAGUUCGGCGAGCAUCAUUCUCUUCCCAGCGCGCCAGUCAUCACCCGUCUUCUUGUUCGUCGACAGUAUUUUCGGAACAUCAGCCCAAAAGCCUUUGCCGACAUCUUCAACGCCGCCCCCUGCCUUGAGGUCAUUCAUCUUGAGAGAUGGUGCUAUAAUUGGAUGCUGAGCGAUAAGGAGUGGGACAGGGGUUCGUCGCUGAUUGGGCUUCAUUUACCAUCUUCCCUGAAGCAAUUCAGCUUCUACGACGAAUGCAGUACCACGUACCACCGCCAAGGAAGAAUGAGACUCCCACGAUCGAACAAGCGACUUCUCAGGUCCCUGAUAGAAAACAAAUGGAGCAAUCAACUCAAACACCUCUCCAUCUCCUUCGCCUUUGAUGCACAAGAGUUUUUUUCACCUCAUGUUUCUCAUAAUUGGGCAUCUUUAGCAACACUUGCACUAACGUCAAAUCUUGUUUUAACACGUUCAAGCGACGUGGUAAACGAGCUGCUCGUGAAAGUGGGAGAGGCCGCAAAGCAUAUGCCCAAGCUUGGGAUUCUUGAAAUCUGGAACUGCGAAGCCAGAAAUAGAAAGGCUGGUAUUUUCCGUUACGAGAAGCUGGACCGGGCUGGAAAAAUCGUGUGGCAGGGCACGUGGGACUUGGAAAUGUCGAGCCAGGUUAAACGGGCGUGGCAAGAGGUACUUGUUGCACCAGACGGCGGACACUAUGAGCUGAGUGUAGAGGUGAUGAGCAUUCAACCUCGGAGGCUCGUGAAUUUGGGCUCAAUCUACCCAUAUCUGAAGCUGAGGAGGCAUGUACUUGAUGGUAUUUCAUGGACACAGGCUGGACAGUGGACAGAGAAGCUGAGCCCUCGGUUAAAAAGGAAUAGGAGGUCCGGCAACCGAUCAGACUGGUGCACAUUCAUGCCUCUCGGUCUUGGUCGGGAACUCUGA